GUGAUCGGUGUGCGCAGUGGGAGGGCACCACGACUUCACUACCACCGGUGAUGGGGCUGAUUCUGCCGAGAAUAACUCCUGGAAUGUGGAGAAGGGGUGUCGCUUUCUGUUGAUUCAAUUCAUAUUUUGCAAGCCCCCGUGACUCGUCUGAUUCAUAUGAGCAUAAAUCUGCCGUCUGCUCCGUUGUUGGCACCUUGAGCUACCCCAGAUUGCACUUGCACAUCGCUUGCGCUCUCUCGCCUCGAACUCGCAGUCCUGUCAAGCCGCUAGUCGCGAGGCUCGAAGUUGUGCAGUUUUCAGGUCCGGAGUUUCAAAAUGUCGGGGAAGGGUUACUGGACCACGCUUUGUUUUGGGAGGUUGCUUGCUUGGGUUCGUGAGUACUUAACCCUGGUUUGUUAGCGUUCAGUUUAGGAUCCAAGAGAUCGGUUGUGUUGUAUAAGCGGAUCGGCGAAGGCGAAUUGUCUGGGCACCCAAUUUUCUAGCUUGAGUGUUGCAAGAUGGCGACCGGAAAUGCCACCGUUACGACGUGCAAGACGAUGCCUGCGUCAUCGAAUGGCGUGUGGCAAGGGGAUAUCCCCAUUCACUUCGCGCUGCCGCUGCUCAUCAUCCAGAUCUGCAUCGUGCUUACUAUCACGCGCGUGCUUGCCGCCCUUUUCAAGCCUUUGAAACAGCCUCGGGUCAUUGCCGAAGUUGUGGGUGGAAUUCUACUCGGCCCCUCAGCUUUGGGGAAGAACACGGCGUACAUCGCGAACAUCUUUCCGAAGCAGAGUGUGAUCAUCUUGGAAGUGUUUGCGCAAAUGGGGUUGAUCUUUUUCUUGUUCAUGGUGGGACUGGAGUUGGACAUCCGGCAAAUCCGCCGGACCGGGUUCCAGGCCUUGGUGAUAUCUGCUGCAGGAAUUGCGGUUCCAUUUUCAACAGGAGUCGGGGUCUCCUUUGUCCUCCUUAAUACCAUCGCCGGUGAUGUGAAAUUCGGCCCGUUUGUUGUCUUCAUGGGGGUGGCGAUGUCCAUCACGGCCUUUCCAGUUCUUGCGCGAAUUCUCGCAGAGAGGAAGCUGUUGACCACAGAGGUUGGACAACUAGCCAUGUCCGUAGCAGCAGUGGACGACGUUGUGGCGUGGUGCCUCCUCGCUCUCGCUGUGGCUCUCACCGGCACCAACACAAAGCCUAGCGUGGUAGCGUGGGUUCUUCUCACCGGAAUCGCCUUCAUAAUCACAAUGUUCGUGGUGGUUCAACCAGUGAUGAGGUGGGUGGCCACUCGGUCAGCGGACAACGAGCCCGUGAAGGAAAUCUUAGUAUGCCUAACGUUUGCCGGGGUUUUGAUAGCCGCGUUCACCACGGACUUAAUUGGAAUUCACGCAAUUUUUGGUGCAUUCUUGUUUGGUCUCAUUGUCCCAAAGGACGGACCCUUCGCAGUUGCCUUGGUGGAGAAGAUAGAGGAUUUCAUCUCCAUUCUGAUGUUGCCGCUCUAUUUCGCAUCAAGUGGCUUGAAGACCAACAUUGGAGCCAUUAAAACUGGUCAGUCCUUUGGACUUCUCGUUCUGGUCAUAGCCGUGGCUUGUUUCGGCAAGAUGUGUGGCGUAUUCUUGGCUGCGACGGCUUCCAAAGUGAACCCUCGGAAGGCGCUCACGUUAGGCGUGCUGAUGAACACCAAAGGUCUCGUGGAGCUUAUCGUGCUCAACAUCGGAAAAGAUCGUGGAGUUCUGAAUGAGGAAACGUUUGCCAUCAUGGUUCUGAUGGCCCUCGUCACAACAUUCAUGACUACUCCCCUUGUGAUGGCACUCUACAAGCCAGCCAGAAAUCCUAUUCCCUACAACCGCAGGAAGCUGGCCAUGGAGGACUCCAAAGACGAUCUGCGCAUUCUGUCGUGUGUUCAUGGUAUGAAGAACGUCCCGGCCAUGAUCAAUCUCACGGAGGGAACAAGGGGUAUUCGCAAGCGUGCUCUUCGUCUCUACAUCUUACAUUUGAUGGAACUCUCAGAACGUACUUCUGCCAUCAUGAUCGUCCAGCGGGCUCGCAAAGAUGGGCGCCCUUUCUUCAAUCAGCGCAAGUCUGCGGAAAGUCGAGAUCAGAUUGUUGCGGCCUUCGAAACCUACGGGCAUUUGAGCAAGGUCACUGUCAGACCGAUGACAGCCAUUUCCAAUUUCGAAGACAUGCACGAGGAUAUUUGUGCGACAGCAACUGACAAACGAGCCGCAAUGAUCAUCCUCCCUUUCCACAAAACCCAAAGACUCGAUGGCCAGUUCGAUACAACAGCUCCCGGGUUCCGGCUCGUCAACCAGAAAGUUCUCCAACACGCGCCCUGCUCGGUCGCCAUCCUCAUAGACCGCGGCGUGGGCGGCUCCGCUCAAGUUGCACCUAACAACGUCGAUCACAAGGUAGUUGUGUACUUCUUCGGCGGUCAGGACGACCGAGAAGCGCUAGCCUACGGGCUGCGCAUGGCGGAGCAUCCUGGCAUCCAACUGCACGUGAUCCGCUUCUUGAACAGUAACAUCGACACCACCAUUGAGAUCGACGGGCAGCAUUCUGAGAGCCUCGGCUUGUCGAAACUUCAUCACUCUAGUCUUGACAAAGGAUACCAUAUCGCCACCGGGGCUCUGGACCAAGAUCAGGAACGCAAGUUGGACGAAGCCGCGUUGGAUGGCAUUCGUAAAGGCGAAAAGGGCAAAGUGGAUGCAGACGAAGUGCACAGCAAAGUAUCCUGGGAGGAGUGCCGCGUCGCGGACCCCUUCGAGGCGGUGGUCCAAGCCGCAAUAGCAGGCGAUCACAACAUCAUCUUAGUGGGUCGAUCCAGACGACCAACUGCAUUUGUGGGGAGUAUGGUACACCGCCACCCGGAGUACACAGAGCUUGGCCCCCUCGGCGAAGCGCUCAUGGCGCCGGAGGUGCGAGCGUCGGUGCUGGUGUUCCAGCAAUACGAUCCUCUCUUGGACUUGGACGCGGCGGCGUCUGCCAAGUCUGCGAAGUCGGCGCCUCAUGUCUAGAUCCUAGACCCAUCUUGAAAACACGGUUCAUCGCAGCCAUCUGUGUCUGGGGCUGCGGUCUGUUUGUGGCUUCAUUGUGGACUAGUAUCGCUGCUUCAUCUGUGGUCAGUUUGCCAGCCUGACUGGCUGUAGGUGACAUGCUGUAUUCUCUUUCUCAUGGCCGCAAUUCCUUUGUGCCCUGAUAGUUUAUGGUUGCUCUGCUCCGGAACAUGUGUUUUCUUCUGUACAAUCUCUGCAUGCGGAUUCUACCUGUGAC